UCCGGAGACUCUACAACCAUCUCCGCUCUCUCGUGCAAUACACGCCAAGACAUGCGGUUGAACCAGCAGUAGAUAUGCUGACAAGUGGUCGUCUUACUGCAGGUAAAACAUCGUUGUUGUUUUACGGCUGAAUCCAGCUGAUCACUAAAAGUACAGAUGUGUUGCUGGAAGCGGCAGAGCUUUGAAUUCUAGCCUCCUUCGUCUGCCGGGAAGGAGACCUCAAAACUACAAGCAAUAUUGACUUAACGAUGGAGGGGUAACUGAACAUGCGCACUCGCUGUGUUCUUUCCCUUCAGUGCUGGCGAAGCAUUUCUCGAUGUGUUGUCUGUGAAUCAGGUGUCUAUAUGCCUGCCAAGCAAACACGUGAAGAAAACAAUCUAGAUACUUCUCUGCAAUGGGAUGUUAAUUGGCUUUAUGACAGUAACUUUUGCGUAAACAGUUCUGACCUAAGCACCAAUCACCACACACUAGCAAUAGUAUAUGCAAGUGAUAGCCAUUGCUGGUGGCUGUGUUUGUGUCUCGUAUGCCCUUACUUCCAACUAUUGGCUGCUGAGUUCCUUGUACUACGCACUGGGUGGACAUUGACUCAACAACAUCUGAUGGCUGACAAUUUUCGAACCCUAGCAGAGAGACUAGAGUAUAACCAGACAAUCCCUUCGAGACUACAACUAUAAGGCAGCUUCAUUCAAACAGUUCAUUAUCAACUAGCAUCUCCAUCCAUACCACCCGCUUUCAAUCCAAUUUCUGCCAGCAUAUCCAUCAUGACGAA